AUGUUAAUCGAAUAUUCAGAUCUUUGUAUUCGUCGAGAUUUAUUAAAAGUUCAAUUUGAACUUGCUGAUCAAAACGCAAAGAAAAUUGAUAAGAAAAUUCCAUCAUUACGGACAACUGCAAAAUUAAAAGCAUUUGUUCGAAAAUUAUUUUCAUCACAACUAACAAAUGAUAUUCAAUUUAAUUUAUUUGUUAUUAUUGUUAAAAAAAACCCUAAAGAACUUAUAUCAAAUGGUUAUCAAGAUAUUCAGUUUUAUUUAGGAAAUUCUUUUCUUAAUAACAAUAAUGAUGAUCAACCUUACAUUAUCACAAUUGAAACUAUUUAA